AUGCGCCAGAUUCGCUUAUCCGAAAAAUACGGUGUCUAUGUGUGUGUGUGUGUGUGGUUAUUGCUGGCGUUCGAAUCAUUAACGAUAUUCAUGGCUCGAACAAACCGUAUACUUCUUGGAACGAUUCAGGAAGAGCAGUUGGAGAGUUGCACUUCACUUACAAUGGAGUCGGGGCACGAGCACCGUGUGGGUUCCGUGCUCAUGGGCACCGCUUCGAGGCCGGGCGACUGGUUUACACCGCAUAUGGAAGGGAGACGGUCUCCGGUGACCGGCACUCUGUGGGUAGACGACGCCGGCGUGCAGUGUGUGCGCUCUUUGCGCGUGACACUCGGUGCCCCAGCAGCUCCGUGUGUGGCGUCAAGUGUGCGCUUUCGUGCUGGCUGUGGCUGGUCCGUAGUUGGCGCCGACCUUGAGCUCGACUUUGUUAUCAGCGACGCCGAGCUAGUCAGCCUCGAAAGUUUUGCUGAACGCGUCUCCAUGACUUCGUUUGGCGCGAACAAGUGGCGAGUGCGGCUGCAUGCACCGCUUGGGGAGCCUGCGCAGCCAUACGCCGAGUCCAUAACUGCAGAGUUCGCCGAGCUGCAGGCGCGUCGGGGCGCUGGUCUGCCUCAAGAGGGCCAACACCAAACGCCGUCGGGUACAGUGGCGUUUCAGGGCACACCUCAUGCUUUCGAUUUUGUCGUGGCUUUCUUCGCACUGCAGCCGGGAUCGGAUGUUAGCGAACGCAUGUAUCUUGGUCGAGCGGCGGUGCUCGGGUCGGAGCUCCUCCUCAGAGAUGAUCAUCGCGCAGCAGACGGGAAUCGCUUCGGUUUCCGCAUGAAAAGGCCAAUUGUGACCGCUCUUGGUCGUGUUGUUGGUGAAUUUGUCUUUUCGUACAUGUUGAUCGAGCCGUAUCAGGGACAGCACAGCCGCGCUGCGUUCAACGCUGCCCUCGAACAAACUCGUGGACCCGGGAGUAAGCCGCCCAGGUUCAUUCUGGCGCAUUUCGCUGCAACGGACCCGACGCUCAGUGGAGACUCUGCAGAGGAAGCUCCGUUUCCCGUCGCUGCUGCCGCGGAAGAAUCGAUGCUGCUCUGCACGCCGCUCAUCGGUCAUCGGGGAGACGGCGAACAGACAACGUCGUUGUUGCAGGAGAAUACGUUGCUCAGCUUUCUUGCGGCUAUCCGAGGCAAGAAUGUUCGGGCGGUCGAGCUCGAUGUUCAGCUCACUCGAGACGGAGUACCGGUGGUGCACCACGAUGCAGUCCUGAGGCUACCGCACCCGCAGCGCAGGCUCGGUAGCACAAGCGUCACCGCCUCCUCUGGCCGCUUGGUUAGCUCUCAGAGAGCGCCACCAGAUAUGGUUAGCGCUUCAGCAUCGAUUCCGCCACCCGAUAUUUUUGGACCGUCCGGCUUCGAAGCGGACUGGUCAGCAGCGCCAAAUUUUUGGGAGCCAAAGUCUGAGCCUCUGCAGGUGGGCCUGUUUCCGCAGCGUGCCUCUUCGGUCAGCGUAUAUCCUUGCCCAAGCGGCCCGGAAAUCUCCCAAGACUGGGGCGGGCAGCAGCUGCCCUAUCUAUCCAAUGCUCUGGACGACAACAUCGACCACGAUGACGACGACGACGACGACGACGACGACGAGGACAGCGAGAAAUCUCCUUCCUCCGCAGCUUGCUUCAUACGCGGAUACGGCGUGCCCAGGCCGCAACAUCGCCCUCGCUGUCCGCAGAACGCCAGACCAAGUCGCUGUUGUGUAGCGCGCCCCAUCUUCACCAUGGAUCUCGAGGAAUGGAAGCGAGCAUCGGCGUUGCUGCUGCGACGAAAAGAUUUGGAUUUCCCAAGCUCACUUGAAACCGACCGGGAUCAGGGUGUCACCACCUUCGUCCACGCGCAGCGGGCGUCUCCAACCGAGCGCUUCCAAGCCCUGAACAGGCAUAUGGAUCACAGUUCGGCGCCCUGGGCACUGAACACUAGCGAGUUCGGGUGCGAUCCGUCGAGAGGUGCGUCCGUGGCAGCGUCGCUCGUUACACUACCCAGCGAGUCGAACAAGUCGUCAAAAGUCUCGAGCCAAUUCGAUGGAAGCAGCGCCGCUGAGGCAAGCGCUGCACCCGAAAAAGCGAAGCCAACGCGCAGCGGAUACCACCUCUGUGUCCACUGUCGACAACACCAGUCGGUAAUCCGCGACUCUAUGCCGACCUUAGAGCACGUGCUGCGAAAGGUGCCAGCGUUUGUCCACCUGCUUGUGGAGAUCAAAUAUCCACUUCCCGAGGGUUCAGGUCGAGAGCAGGUGCCGGCCCCCGAGCGCAACUACCUCGUAGACCGCGUACUAGACACCGUCUUCAGCGUCGCUUUCGCGCCCGUACGUCGCGGGGGUGCAGACGCCUCAGCUCGCCUUGGUUCUCGCCUUUCGUUCCUUUCAUUCGAUCCUGAAGUCUGUUUGCUGCUGCGUCGCAAGCAAAACGUUUGUCGCGUUUUUUUCCUCUGUUCUGAGGACCGUGACGGCGACGUCGUAUACAGUGACCCCCGCCGGUUGCGAGCUGAGCGCGCGCUCGAGUUCGCCUCGCAGGCACGCCUCAGCGGCGUGGUAUUCUUCAACGAGAUCCUCCUGGCAGCGGGACCUUCCUUGAUUCGGCUAGCGCAUCACAAGUACCGACUCCUGGUCAUGUGCUAUGGCCGGUCGAACACGGUACCCGACUGUGCGAUGCAGCUCAUAGAAUGGCAGGUCGAUGGGAUUAUUGCCGACCGGGUUGGGUAUGUGGCACGUGCGCUCAGCCGCUCGCCGGUCCCGUCAACGCUGCAAUGA